AUUCACCAGUGGUCAUCGUUUCCAAGAUAACGUGCCCCAGAACAUUUGGGUAUAAAUACCCCUCGUUGUUGGAGGUUUGGUAUUCACCAUCAUCAUGAGGGGAAUCAUCCUAGCACUACUGCUUGCACUAGCGGGUAGUGAAAGAUCACAAAACGAACAACUUUUAAACCCAUCCAAGACCUAUGUCUACAACUAUGAAGGAAUUACCUUGAGUGGCAUGCCAGAUAAAGGUUUGUCAAAGGCUGGACUUAAGUUUAACCUCGAGGCUGAGAUCAGUGGCUUUGCUCAGAGAACAUUCAUCUUGAAGGUCCAACAAGUUGACAUCAAGGAAUAUAAUGGCCAGUGGCCAAGAGAUCCUUUCACUCGAUCCACUAAACUUACCCAAGCCAUUGCGGAACAGAUCAAACAUCCCUUUAAGUUUGAAUACCAUGAUGGCCGGGUUGGUGAUGUGUUUGCUGCAGAGGGUGUCUCAAAUACAGUGGUCAACAUCAUUCGAGGAAUCCUCAAUUUAUUGCAAGUCCAUUUUAGAAAGUCCCAGAAUGUUUAUGAAAUAGAAGAGAACUGUAUCUCUGGAAAGUGUCCAACUAGAUAUAUGAUCCAAGAAGAGGACAAAAAGUCCAAUACCUUCAUCGUUAUUAAAUCCCGGGACCUUGACAAAUGUGAGGAUCGUGCAGUAAAGAGACUCGGAAUGACCUUCCUUGAACCUUGCAGAGAAUGUCAGCAGAAAUCCCAGAACUUGCGUGGAAUGCUUACAUGCACAUACAGAAUUAGGAAUAAGGCCCAAGGAGCAGUCAUUGAGGAAGUUAAGGCCAAAGAAGUCUUCCAGUACUCACCUUUCUAUGAACUUUAUGGAGCUGCUGUAACGGAAGUCAGACAAGUACUCACCUUGAAAGAGAUCAAGUCCAGCAGGGUGAAUGAGCCACGUGUGCAACUAGAAAACCGCGGAGGACUGAAAUACCGAUUUGGCUCUGAAGUUUACCAGAUGCCACUUCAUUUGUUCAAGGCCAAGAACAUAGAAGCUCAGGUCUCAGAUACUCUACAGCACCUGGCACAGAACAACCAACAAGAGGUACAGACAGAGGCUCCAGCUAAAUUCUUGCAACUGAUCCAACUCCUGCGAGACUUGAACCCCGAUAACAUCCAGGCCAUCUUAAAACAGUAUUCCGACAAACCUAUGUACUGGCAAUGGUUAGCAAAAGCAAUCCCUCUUAUUGGCACUGCUGAGUCUCUUAAGGUUGUCAAGCGUAAUAUUCCAAACCAGAGCACCCAGGAAGCCGCCAUGUCUAUCAUUCUUGCAAUGCAGCAUACACGGGCCAGCCAGAAUGCUCUUCAGAUUGCUGCUGAACUUGUGGAGGAUUCUAGAGUCCAACAUUCCCCAGUACUGCUCAAGGCAGCGAUGUUGUCCUAUGGAACAAUGGUCAACAAAUUCUGUGCAACCAUGCAAGUAUGCCCAGAAUCGGCUCUUGAGCUCCUCCAUGAUUUUGCUGCCGAAGCUGCCAACAAGGGUCGCACUGAAGAAAUGUCCUUAGCCAUGAAGGCUAUAGGUAAUGCUGGACAAGUUUCAAGCAUCAAGCGUCUUAUGAAAUUCUUGCCAGGAUUUUCCUCUACUGCCUCCCAGCUGCCAGUUAGAGCUCAAGUUGAUGCUGUGAUGGCCCUCAGGAACAUAGCCAGGAAUGACGUCAGGAGAAUUGAGGAAAUUCUGCUUAGCAUCCUAAUGAAUCGUAGCACUCACACUGAGGUCCGUAUGAUGGCUGCCGCAGUUCUCAUGGAGUGUAGACCAUCUGCUGCCACCGUAACCACCAUGGCUCAAGCCAUACAGAAGGAGACUAAAGUUAACAUGCAGCUGGCUAGUUUUGUCUACUCUUACAUGAAGGCCUUGACCAAAGCUGCAGCCCCAGAAAACCGUGAGCUGAAAGAAGCUUGCAACGUCGCCAUCAAAAUCAUGAACCCAAUGCUUGACAAACUGAGCAUGCGUUACAGCAGAGCUCUCAAUGUUGACAUGUUUAAUUACCCUCUGAUGGCUGGAGCCACUGCUAAUGUCUUUAUUAUGAACAGUCCUACCACCACCCUGCCAACUGCCAUCAUCUUCAAAUUGCGUCGGAUACAUAGCUGUGAAAGCACAGAUAUUUUAGAGGUUGGUGUAACGGCUGAAGGCCUCCAAGAAGUCCUCAGAAAACAGAACAUUCCAUUUAACCAGUAUUCUAUGCCGAAAAACAUUGUUAAGGUUAUGAGAACUCUGACCGGAUUCAAACAUCUACCAUCCGAGAUGCCUCUAAUCUCAAUAUUUAAGAUGUUCGGUCAAGAAAUCUACCAGGAAGAGGCCACCAAGGAAACCAUCCAAAAUGCUUUCAGAAUCAUGACAGAGCCAGUUGGCCGCCAUUCUUUCAUAAACAGAAUAAUCAAGAAGCUUCUUAAUGGACUUGUAGGACAAUGGGCACAACCCAUGCUAUUGUCUGAAGUUAGACAAAUCCAACCUACUUCCAUGGGUCUUCCUCUUGAUCUGAGCAUACACUCUGCUGCUGUUGGCAAUGCUGCUGUCAACUUUAAUAUGAAAGCAAACCCAACACCAUCAAGUGACCUGAGUGUUGCUCAGCUUUUGCAAUCCAAUAUCCAAUUCCACGCUGAUAUAACCCCCAGUAUUUCAGUGCAAACAGUGGCAAGCAUGGGAGUAAACACACACUUAGUAAACUGCGGAAUUGAAUUUCAAUCAAAGAUUCAGGCCAUCACCCCAGUGAAAUUCACUGCAAAGGGAUUGUGCGAAAGAAAGAAUGUCCAAGAUCGAAUUUGGACUCAAGUGAUGGCUGUGUCCAGAAAUGUGGAAGAGUUGGAAGCAGCAAAGAAGACACCAGUUUGUCCCCAGGGAGCUGAACAGAGCAUUCUGCAGAAACAUUUUGAAAUGUCUGAAGGGGCUUCAGCAGAAGCCACUAGUGUGAUGGAGGGAUCUUCAGAAUUCAUUGCCAAGAAGUAUGCUUACCCUGGAGUGACAGGACAACAUCAGGCUUCACCUACUAAAUUGUUCCGCUUCUGUCUCAAAAUUCCAAAAGUUAAUUUUCAUCUCUGUUUGCAACAUCAAUCUCAUACCGCUGCAGGACGCAGACAUACCUUCCUUUACCAGAUUGUAGGACAACAUGAAGCAAAACUCACAGUGAAACCAACUCAGAAAGAGGUAGCCAUUGAAAAAGUGCUACUAGAAAUAACUGCAGGACCCAAAGCAGCCUCAAAAAUAAUUGCUUUAGCUGACCUGGAACAGAAAGAAGGUGAACAUCUUGAGGAAUCUGAAGUUCAGAAGAGGCUGAGGACCAUCCUUGGAAUUGAUGAUGAGUAUAAGGCCAGAAACGAUAGCUUACAUGUGCGGAAAAGCAAGAACCGUGAUGGAAUGAACAAGAACCGACAAUCAAGUAGCAGUAGCUCAUCCAGCAACGAGAAGUCAAAACAGCACCACCGGCAACAGCAAAAAGGGCAACAAUCAUGGGAAAAGCAGCAUAACAAAGAUCAUCGGCACAAUCCAAAGAGCAGCAGUAGCAGCAGCAGCAGUAGCAGCAGCAGUAGCAGCAGCAGCAGUAGCAGCAGCAGCAGCAGCAGUGGCAGUAGGAGAGCAGGUCAUAAGCACCAACAGAGCAGCAGUAGCAGCAGCAGUGGCAGUAGGAAAGCAGGUCAUAAGCCCCAACAGAGCAGUAGUAGCAGCAGCAGCAGUAGUAGCAGCUCCAGCCAACAACAGAAGGAUAGAAAACACCAGCAAACGGAUCAUCAGCAGAACAAACAUAAGCAGCAAGGAACCCAUCACUACACUGAUAAUAUUGAUUAUGAGCAGGAUGAUCGUGAAAUCUUUCAACUACGCUUCAGGAGACCUAAUAGAGAGCAUGUCAAGACCACGUCUGGCCGUAUUCGCACAUCACAGUCCAGCUCCAGUUCCAGUAGUAGCAGCAGUAGUAGUAGUAGCAGCAGCAGCAGCAGCAGCAGCAGCGAUCUGCUAGAAGACCCCAGGCAAUACUGGAAUGUUCUUUCAAAGUUGUCGAGCAAAGCACUGGAAGCCAGAUUCAUUGGAGAACACAGAUCUCCUAGCUGUGUGGUCACUCUUCAAGCGGUUCGAGCGGACAACAAGAAGCAGGGUUAUCAGUUAAUUGUGUACGGAGAUUAUCACUCAUCCAAGCCUAAGCUUCAGGCCUAUGUGGACAUCAGUGGAGAGAGCCGCUGGAGAGCAUGCAUCAGAGCAGUUGAAAGCCAACAUGAAGCCCAGGCUGAGCUGAAAUGGGGUCAGAACUGUCAACAGUACAAGAUGGCUGCAUGGGCCGAAACAGGACGCUGGGGCAACCAACCAGCAUUUAGACUGAAAGUCGCCUGGCCAAAAAUCCCAUCUAAACUGAAAUCUACGGGACGAGCAGUUGGUUGGGUUUUCCCUGGAGCUGCCUUCAUGUUAGGAUUUUCAGAAAAAGUACAGAGAAACCCAUCAAGACAAGCGAAGGUUGUCCUGUCCCUCUCCACUCCCAGGACCUUGAAUGUCGUUUUCCAAACACCAAAGGCCUAUUUCUACCGUGAAAGCCUCCAUCUUCCUGCUGCCUUCACUGCUGCCUGGAAUGCUCAUCCUGCAGACAUGCAGGUCCCAACCUGGAAUAUCUUUGCUGAUGUUCCUAACUUAGUUGCAGACAGACUUAAAGGACAUUGUUCGAUGACUGAAAACAUGAUAAAAACAUUUAAUGGCAUUAACUACAACUACACAAUGCCUGGACACUGCUAUCAUGUUCUCGCUCACGACUGUAGUGAAGAAAAUAAGUUCUUGAUCAUGGCCAAGAAUUCCGGGGAGAAUCCAGAACACAAAGAUAUUAAUAUCAAACUGGGAGAAUUUGAUAUUAAGAUGUACAGCCAAUCAGGAGAAGCAAUGGUUAAGGUUAAUAACAUCGACAUUUCCAAGGAGAAGCUCCCAUAUGAGCCCAGCAAAGAUCCAUCUGUGCAUAUCGAUGAGACAGAUGGAAAACUUGUCCUGUCUGCACCAGAAUUUGGUAUUGAGAAACUGGCUUAUGACAGAAAGUCAACUGAGCUUCGCACAGCAGUAUGGAUGAGAGGUCACAUAUGUGGUAUCUGCGGCCACCAUGAUGAUGAGACAGAACGGGAGUUCACAAUGCCUGAUGGAUCAGUAGCAAAGGACGAAGAAAGCUUUGGCCAUUCAUGGAUCCUGUCUGAAGACACCUGCUCAGGAGCCUGCAAACUUCAUCACACUUUGGUGAAGACUGAGAAACCAGAAAGGGAGGAAAACAAAUGUUAUUCCAUCCACCCAGUCCUGCGCUGUGCUAAAGGUUGUACCCCAUCAGCCACCACCCCUGUCUCUGUCGGCUUCCACUGCACAUCUGCUGAUCUGGCAGAAGAUGAGUCGCUGACUGACAGGUCCGAAGACUUCACUGAGAAAGUGGAGGCACACACUUCCUGUUCCUGCAAGUCCCUCAAGUGCGAGGAUUAAAGAUGAUGGUGCUGCCUCUGCCCCCCUCUUGUUUGUACCUAGAAAGUAACACAAGAAUGAGCUGUAAUGUCAGCCCCAAUCAAGCCAAUCGCACUUUCAAGCCAACUGUAUAGUUCUUUGUUCUAAACCCUGAAAUUUUCAAUAAAUAUUUGCAUCAACAAAAA